CGGUGGUUGAUGUCUUUGAAUGAACAUCAGAGCUCCUGAAUCGCUGUCCGUCUCUUGUGUGUCCCUACAGAUCAAAUGGAGCUCACAUCAAACUCUCCUCCACCUGAUAACACUUCCUCCUUUAUCCUCUGCCCCACUGUUGCCACGCUCUUCCUCAUCCCUUCCACCUACACCCUCCUCUUCCUCGCCGCUCUCCCAGGAAACGCUCUCUCUCUGUGGGUGUUCUGUCGAUGCAUCCCCUCCGUCUCCCCCGUUCAUGUGUAUCUGUCCCACCUGAGCGCCUCCAACCUCAUGUCGGCCCUCACCAUGCCCUUCCUGGCGGCGUACUACGCCCUGGGCUCCAUCUGGCCUCUGAGGAGCGUUCCUUGUUGGCUCGUCUUACACCUCAUCACCCCACAGCUCCACAUCAACAUCUACAUCAGCCUCAUCAUCCUCACUUUGGUUGCAAUCAGCCGAUACGCCGCCCUCAUCCAGAACACCCAAGCCCCACGCCCGAACACCCGCAGCACCCUGGUGCCUUAUCGGUUCUUCGCCUGCCUCAAAAGAACCUCCUUCGCCCGCCGGAUGGGUGCGGUUGUAUGGGUUUUGGCUGUAGGGGGCAUCGUGCCGGUGACGCUUUACUACUCUGUAAAGGAAGCUACAGCCGGUACGGAUGGAGACGCAGGAGGAGGAGGAGUGGGGGUGUGUUACAGCCCACCUGUGGAGCUCGGGGGAAGGCUCUCUGCUGCGUUCACUGCCCCUCUGAUGAUCGUGUUCUUUGUGUUCUACCUGCUGGUGCUGCUGUGCUACAUGAUCGUGCUGAGACACAUCAGGCGCUCCAGACGCAGCACCAAUGUCCCCACAUCCCACAUCCUGCUGGGACGGGUGCUCCGAAACAUUGUGAUCAUCCAGGUGGUUCUUUCAGUUUGUCUGCUCCCGUAUCACAUCUUCAAACCCAUCUUUCUGUCUCUGGCCCAUCAUCCUCAUCAGCCCACAUUCUCACCUCAACCCAACAUGUGCCAUCCGCUCUCCGCCCUCAUAGAGCUGAAGAACUUUCUGUUGCUCCUGGCUGCACUGAGAGGAGCGACCGACCCGCUCAUGUACUUCAUGUUGGACAAAACCUUCAGAAGUGAAACACGGAGACUCUUGAGGUGCAACAAAACCGAUCCUGGAGGACGACAGAUGUUUUGGUCGGUCACUGGCAGUCAAAGCGCCGGACAGGCGGUGGAUGUAAAAGUGGAGACUGUGGAUUCGGGUGAUAACGAUGUUUUAUAGUCGAGAUAUUUGACCAGAGUCCUGAUGCUUUAAAUCUUUGUAGACUUUAAGUUAAGAUGCAUCCUCUCAGAAAGUGUUCCCUAGCAUUCUUAUCAGUGACUAAGCAGCACCACGCUCCUCUCUGCUCUUAUCAAACAUACUGAGCGAUAUGAUCUGCGGGGAGAACACAAUGCCAUUUUGUCAUUUUCAAGUGUACAUGGAAAUGUUUGUCGAGCAGCCGUUGUGUGCAGCAGCAGCAGGGUAUAAAUAUUUGAUGUGUGUGUCACAAA